AUGGCGUGCUUUGGACUCUACUGUGGCAAGACCCUAUUAUUUAAAAAUAGCUCAGCUGAAAUAUAUGGAGAGUGUGGGGCGUGCCCAAGAGGGCAGAGGACAAAUGAAGAGAAAUACUGCCAGCCUUGCACCGAGUCCCCGGAACUUUAUGACUGGCUUUACCUUGGAUUCAUGGCGAUGCUGCCUCUCGUUUCCCAUUGGUUCUGCAUCGAAUGGGACUCAAAGAAAAGAUGUUCCGGUGGUGUGCUUUUUCAGCAAGCUUCUGCAUUGUUUGAAUGUAGUAUGGCAGCCAUAGUCACAUUACUUGUAAGUAAUCCCCCUGGCACCCUUUCCAUCUAUUCAUGCGGGGUACUGAUGCUUUCGGAUUGGUACACGAUGCUCUACAAUCCAAGUCCAGAUUACAUCACCACCCUGCACUGCACCCAGGAAGCCGUAUACCCACUGUACACCAUCGUGUUUGUUUACUAUGCUUUCUGUUUGGUUUUCAUGAUGCUGCUCCGACCGUUUCUGAUGAAGAAGAUCCAGUGCAGCCUCUACAUGCCAAACCCGUUCUUCGAAAGCAUUUACACUGCCCUCUACUUCUUCCCGGUUUUGACUAUGCUGCAAGCUGUUGCAGGGGGCCUCUUGUACUAUGCCUUCCCAUACAUCAUAUUGGUGGCAUCUUUGGCUAAUCUGGCUGUGUACCUGGUUUUUGCCAAAAUAGAGAUCUUCAGUGAUCUGAUAAGAACGGACAGGCUUCUUGUACUGUUCAGCCACUGGUUUCUUCAUGGCUAUGGCUUAAUUGCCCUCUCCAGAGAGGACCAACUUGAACAAAAUCUCUCCUUUUUAAUUUUGGUACCUCUCCCGCUCCUGUUUUACUUAUUCACUACCAAAUUUACCAAACCAUCACGGAUAAUCUCAGAAGGAGCCAAAUGGUACUGA